UUCACGCAAUUUCCAUAAAGAACAUUAUUAUGCCUCAACCACCUAAAGAUCCGUGGGCUCGUCGAGAGGCAUGGCGAUAUCUUCCUCGAUUUUCUACUGCAAACUCUUUUAGAAACCUUUGGCCAGGUUUCACGUGGGGACUUGGUGCUUUUGUAAUCUAUCUUGGAUACGACACUUUAAUUGCUCAAAGUCACCACCAUGGCAGUAACAACCAUACAUCUCGCACUCCGGAAACCAAGCAGGAAUCAAAUCAAAGUUGA